UAAGCAAAAAGAGGCGUUGCAGAGGAGAGAGAGAGAGAAAUCAAAGUGAGAUGUGGGAAGCGAUCUUCCUGACGGUUGCAGCCACCGCCGGUAACAACAUCGGCAAAGUUCUCCAGAAGAAGGGGACCGUCAUUCUGCCUCCCCUCUCGCUCAAACUCAAGGUGGUAAGAGCAUAUGCUUCUAAUAAGCCUUGGCUGAUAGGUUUUAUUAUGGAUAUAUUUGGGGCACUGCUGAUGUUACGAGCAUUGUCUCUAGCUCCUGUCUCUGUGAUUCAACCAGUUUCCGGUUGUGGCCUUGCUAUCCUAUCCGUCUUUUCUCAUUUCUACCUGAAGGAAGUCAUGAAUGUUGUUGAUUGGAUGGGAAUUACCUUGGCUGGCCUCGGGACCAUAGGAGUUGGUGCGGGAGGAGAGGAGCAAAAGGCUUCGUCAAUCUCUAUCUUACACUUACCUUUGUUAGCAUGCGGUGUUGCAUUUUUGUUUCUUCUUCUAAACGGAUGGCUUCGUAUUUACAGACGUCAGCGAAGAGAGCAAGAACUGAUGCAAUCUGAAGUCGUUGAGGAGAUCAUAUACGGCUUGGAAUCUGGCGUCUUGUUCGGGAUUGCAUCUGUGAUUUCAAAAAUGGGAUUUCUAUUCCUGGAGCAAGGUUUCUCUGCAUUGCUGGUUCCUAUUUGCAUCUCGAUCAGUAUAUGUUGUAGUGCUUCCGGCCUUGUUUACCAGACCCGUGGGUUGAAGCAUGGGAGGGCGGUUGUAGUGUCCACCUGUGCUGCUGUGGCUUCGAUUGUGACAGGUGUACUUGCCGGUAUGCUUGCUCUUGGAGAACGAUUGCCCGAAAGUCCAACAUCUCGUUCCUGGCUUUUGCUUGGAUGGUUGCUAAUAGUUACUGGAGUGACAUUAUUAGUGACUUCAACGCGGUUGAUUCGUUUUCUUCCCCGGAGAUGGCGACCGCUGGAGAGGAGGCAACCUAACUCUCUCAGAACCCGGGAGCCAGGCUCAAACCCGAGUACUAUAAUACAAGCAACAACAUUGCAUCAUUUGGUUACAUCUUCAAAAUCCAAAGUUUGAUUUAAUUAAUAGAAGGUGAAAAUGUGUGACUUUUAAGGUUGGUCAUAGAUAGACUUUAUAUACAGAUUUGAGUUGAUUAGAGCUUAUAUGCAAAAUGUUACUUCACCCUCAUAUGUUGGGAUGUUUGGUUCAUAGAAUGUUUUUGGUGGAAUUUGAAUCUUUUAAAGGAGAUUAAAAUUAGAAUCUA